AUGCCUUCAGGUAUCCGCAAAUAUAGCCCAGGGAUGAGGUGGAAGUGUGAAGAAGAGGCGAGAGUGACCCCUGAACCGACCAAAGCCCGCGCGCCACUGCAUCCCUGUGACCAGUGUCUACGUCCCACCGCCGUCAUCACCGUGCCCAAGAGAAAGGCUGAAGGGGAUGCUAAAGUAGAUAAAGCCAAGGUGAAGGAUGAACCACAGAGAAGAUCGGCAAGGUUAUCUGCUAAAACUGCUCCUCCAAAGCCAGAGCCCAAGCCUAAAAAGGCCCCUGCAAAGAAGGGAGAGAAGGUACCCAAAGGGAAAAAGGGGAAAGCUGAUGCUGACAAGGAUGGGAAUAAUCCUGCAGAAAAUGGAGAUGCCAAAACAGACCAGGCACAGAAAGCUGAAGGGGAUGCUAAAGUAGAUAAAGCCAAGGUGAAGGAUGAACCACAGAGAAGAUCGGCAAGGUUAUCUGCUAAAACUGCUCCUCCAAAGCCAGAGCCCAAGCCUAAAAAGGCCCCUGCAAAGAAGGGAGAGAAGGUACCCAAAGGGAAAAAGGGGAAAGCUGAUGCUGACAAGGAUGGGAAUAAUCCUGCAGAAAAUGGAGAUGCCAAAACAGACCAGGCACAGAAAGCUGAAGGUGCUGGAGAUGCCAAGUGAAGUGUGCAUUUUUGAUAACUGUGUACUUCUGGUGACUGUACAGUUUGAAAUACUAUUUUUUAUCAAGUUUUAUAAAAAUGCAGAAUUUUGUUCUACUUUUUUUUUUUUAAGCUAUGUUGU